AUUAUAUACACACUCUUAAUUACAUUGAGAUUGCAGCUUGGUCAAAAUGUCUCGUAAAUAAGAGAGAAAAGAGCUCCAAAAAGGAAAUGCGCUUUCGGUACGAAAGAACAUAUUGUUAAUGCAGUAAUUAAUGUUAGUUUGAUUUCCUAAAUAUUGUUGAUUAUGAAUAUAGAUAUAACUUUUAUGUCCUAGUCUCAAGGUAGAUGCUCGUGUUAAAAAUAAAUUAUGUUGAAUGAUAUAUAUUUUUUAUCUGUUCAAGUGAUGCAUACGGUUCUUGAUAAUAAUAUGAAAACGACCUAUAUUUCCUAUUUAAUUUUAUAGAGUUGGAAUUGAAAAUUGAAAAUCUUACGACCAAAGUGAUGCGCAUCAAUCACAGAGACUUGGAGACGACAAUGGUAACAAUGGAGAAUCGUAUGAGAGAGAUUGAAACUGACACCAACUUAAUCCGCAUCAGCAAUGGAGGGUUGGAAGUGAAAAUUGAGAAUCUUACGACCCAAGUGAUGCGCACCAAUCCCGAAGAUAUUUCUUCUUUCGAUGAGAUGGUCUCUUCUGUAAAUGUUUCUAUCCGCGCCUUGUUGGAAAAAACUAUGAAUCAGAUAGAAAGCUUAGCAACUGUGCGUUUGGUGGGAAACAGCUCUCCUCAAAAAGGCCGUGUUGAAGUUCUUCACAACGGUAUAUGGGGAACGAUCUGUGAUGAUAAUUGGGGUCAGCUGGACGCAAACGUAGUCUGUCACAUGCUCGGUUUUGGUGACGCAUUGAGCUACCCGGGUAGCGCUCAUUUUGGACAAGGAAAUAGCAAAAUAUGGCUGGAUGAAGUAAAAUGCAAUGGACGUGAAAACAACAUCGCUCUUUGCCAACAUGGAGGUUGGGGCAUUCACGAUUGUACUCAUAGCGAAGAUGCUUCCGUUAUCUGCGAUUAUGUACCGUAAUCGAGAAGCACAAGCAAAAUAUUUUCGUUACUAUAUACAACAUUCUCGAAGAAAAAACGUACAGUUGUAUUCAUUUUAUGACGAAUCAAUAAAUAAUAUUUCUUAUUAAAAUUAUUCAUCAAAAAGUCUCAAGACAGUUAUAGUAUUAAUAAAUAACAUGAUGUCCAAACGUGACUUUCAUUUUUGACGAUCCCAUCAAAAAGACAUUGAUAUCUGUGAUUAAUCGUCAGCUAGUAGAUUAAAACAACUUUGUAAUUGUGAAUAAACUACUAUCAUCUAAUAACAAUUAACAUUAACCUGCAUCUAUCUAGAACUUAAAAUUUUUUUUUAAAUGCUAUUGGUAAAAGUCUGUCGAAGUUUAAAAUAGAUAAAUGUUUGCGUCAUCAAAAGAUAAUUUAUGAAAUAUCGUGGCUUACAUUCUUUAUCAUUGCAUUCUCCCUUUUUACGCUUUACAUAUUUUGUCUAAAUAAAUUUUAAACUAGUGUUGAAAACCCUACUGUUUGACGUAUUUUUUUUCUUCUGUUUUUUUUAUUUUUGAAAAAAUUCGAUGUAACACGGUUCCAUGGAGCUCAAAUCAUGACAAAUAUAAAAUAUAUUGCCCUUGAGAGAUGAUUUCAUCUGUAACUAAGAAAAAAAAAAUUGGUUCGGUAUAAUCAACAGAAAAGCGUUUUUUGUCCCAACAAAAACAGAAAUUUGGCAUUUACUUGAACUUUUUACUGCAAUAUUCUAAUUUUCAUUAAAAGUUAUCUGCGUAAAAAUGGAAUCAUGCAAUGCAAAUUUACAAUAAAAGUAUGGUAUAUUG